AUGGAAGGAAGGCAAAGAUUCAAUCUUGAAAGAGGGUGUGCCAGCGAAGGUGGUGUGGAAGGAAUUCCAAGGUUUAAAAGGAUGUUUCAAUCACAUAAGACAGCUAAGAGUUUGACUUGGCAUGCUGCUAGAAAAUCAGUUGAUGGUCAAAUGUCUCAUCCAGUGGAUUCUCCGUCUUGGAAACUUGUUGAUGAUAAAUGGCCCGAGUUUGGUAAAGAGCCGAGAAACUUGAGAUUGGCUCUCUCAUUUGAUGGAUUCAAUCCCCAUAGUUCUUUAGUAGCAGAUAUAGUUGUUGGCCAUCCUAAACAGCCUGGAAAUGAUAUAGACGUCUACUUAGAGCCUUUGAUUGAUGAUUUAAAAUCUCUGUGGGAUGGGAUUAGAGGAGUGCAUAGAAAAUGGUUACCAAUCAAUCAUCCAUAUCAGAGGCAGCGUGCAGCUUUUAAUGGGAAACCUGAAUAUGGCAUGCCUCCCGAGCCAUUAAACGGAGAAGAAGUGUUGCACAUUGUUGAAGAUAUUAAUUACAUAUGGGGCUUGAAAAAUGGGAGAAGUGUUGGUGAGGAUGAUGGUGACAGAGUUUGUUGGAAGAAGAAAUCAAAAUUCUUUGAUCUCGAGUAUUGGAAAUACUUUCAUGUGAGGCAUGUCCUAGAUGUUAUGCAUAUUGAGAAGAAUGUUUGCGAUAGUAUCAUUGGUACAUUGCUGGAGAUCCCUGGAAAAAAUAAAGAUGAGAUUCCUGCUUGGUUAGAUUUAUUGAACAUGGGGGUCAAAACUGAUUUGCAACCCGAGUAUGGACAAAGACGUACUCGCUUGCCUCUAGGGCCUUGGAAUUUGUCAAGAGCAAAGAAGAGAGCGGAUUCAAGACUUCUUGGACUUAAAUCUCAUGAUUGUCAUACCUUGAUGCAACAAUUGCUCCCUGUGGCAAUUCGUUCUGUUUUGGAGAAGCCUGCAAGGUAUAUGAAAGUGCUAAAAGGGUAUGUUCAGAACCGUACUCGUCCGGAAGGUUGCAUUACUGAGCAGUAUAUAGCUGAAGAAGCUAUAAAGUUUUGCACCGAGCAUUUAUCUGAAGUUAAUGCAGUUGGAGUGCUUUUAAGCCAGAAGAUGAGAGUUUCAAAGCUAUUAUUAGGUUGCAUAGUAAGCUUAGUUGAUCGGGACUUGUUAAACCAGGCACAUUUAUAUGUCUUGAAGAAUACGGAGGAAGUCCUACCUUAUAUCGAAGAACAAAGUGGCUGCAAGAUAAGCACAAUAGCACUUUCAUUCAAUGACUCCACUUUAAGUUUGCAGGUUCAAAGUGAACUUAAUGGGGAAGAGCAUAAUGGCGUAUCAGAAAAUUUGAGGUGGCUAGCAGCUGGUCCAAGCAUGGAAGUGCCAUCAUAUAGGAGCUAUCUUAUUAAUGAUGUUAAAUUUAACACCAAGGCACAAGAUGAUGUGCGAACUGUCCAAAAUAGUGGAGUUUAUUUACUUGCACAUACUAUGCAAGUUGCUAGUGCCAAGGAUAAAAACCCUAUUGUCUCUAAUAUGGGUUUUUAUGGUGUUAUUCAAGAAAUUUGGGACCUUGACUACCAAAAGUUUAGAAUCCCAAUCUUGAGGUGUGAUUGGAUAGAUAACACUUCGGGCCUUGUAGUCGACGAACUUGGAUUUACCCUUGUAGAUCUGAGUAAAAUUGGACAUAGGAAUGACCAAUUUGUUAUGGCUUCUAAAGUGAAACAAGUAUUUUAUGUUGAUGACCCAAUGUAUCAUGGUUGGCCGGCUUUGGGCAAGACAAAUCAAAAAUUAAAAAAGCUGGGUUAA